GAGAGUCGCCACGUGAGUGUCGGCUGUGCGGCAAGAGAGGCGACAGCGAUGGGCGGCGUGGAGAAAAAGAAGUACGAGAGGGGUUCUGCCACCAACUAUAUUACCAGGAACAAAGCCCGGAAGAAGUUGCAACUGAGCCUUGCAGACUUCAGGCGACUCUGCAUCCUAAAAGGGAUUUACCCUCAUGAGCCCAAACAUAAGAAGAAGGUGAACAAAGGAUCUACUGCUGCCAGGACUUUCUACCUCCUGAAAGACAUAAAAUUUCUCCUCCAUGAGCCCAUUGUCAACAAAUUCCGGGAAUAUAAGGUGUUUGUCCGCAAAUUGCGCAAAGCGUACGGGAAGAGCCAAUGGAACACUGUGGAGCGGCUGAAGGACAACAAACCCGGAUAUAGGUUGGACCACAUUGUCAAGGAGAGGUACCCGACCUUCAUUGAUGCCCUACGAGACCUUGACGAUGCUCUUUCCAUGUGCUUCCUGUUUGCCACCUUCCCGCGUACUGGCAAGUGCCACGUUCAGACGAUCCAGCUGUGCCGUCGCCUCACCGUGGAGUUUCUCAACUACGUCAUCUGCUCACGCUCUCUGCGCAAGGUGUUCCUGUCCAUCAAAGGCAUCUACUACCAGGCAGAGGUGAUGGGGCAGCUUGUCACCUGGAUAACACCCUACGCUUUUUCCCACAAUCACCCAACAGACGUGGACUACAGAGUCAUGGCCACCUUCACAGAGUUCUACACCACUCUCGUGGGCUUCAUUAAUUUCCGCCUCUACCAGUCCAUCAACUUGCACUACCCUCCAAAGAUUGAAGGCCAGUCCCUGUCCGCGCUGACGCCAGAGGAUGGGGAGGUGUAUGCCUUGGACUCGGAGAGCUACCUGGAGAAACUGUCGGCUCUCAGUGCCAGCCUGGCCCGAGUGGUGGCACCUGACCCAGAGGACGAGACAGUCGUGGAUGAGUUCCCUGUGGAGGAAGAGAGUGCAGAGCAAGAGGAGGCCCGGAAAAAGGAGCAGGAGGCCCUGGAGAAGCAGAAGAGGCUCUUUGAAGGCCUUCGCUUCUUCCUCAACAGGGAGGUGCCCAGGGAGCCUCUGGCUUUCGUCAUCCGGUGCUUUGGGGGCCAAGUGUCCUGGGACAAGUCUGUUUGCAUUGGCUCUACCUAUGACGUGACGGACCCAACCAUCACCCAUCAAAUCGUCGACCGGCCUGGUCUGGAAAAGCAAGUGAUAGGCAGGUAUUACAUCCAGCCGCAGUGGGUCUUCGAUUCAGUCAACGCCAAGCUUUGCCUUCCGGUGGCAGAUUACUUCCUCGGCGUCUUGCUGCCUCCUCACCUCUCACCGUUCGUGACUGAGAAGGAAGGGGACUACAUCCCACCAGAGAAGCUGAAGCUGCUAGCCUUGCAGAGAGGCGACGAGCCAGGAGAAGAGAGCGAAUCGGAAGAACAGGAAGAGAGUGACGAUGCCACAGAAGUCUCGGAGGAAGAGGAUGAGGAUUCUGAAAAAGAAGAUGAGGGGAAGCUGAAGAAGAUGGAAGCGCAGAGGACCCAGAGCAAGGCCCUCCCAGUGAAGGUGACGGCAGGUAAAGUCCUGAGAGAGGACAAGCAGCGGCUGGCGCAAGAGGAGCAGAGCGAGGAGAAGCGCUUGGCCAUCAUGAUGAUGAAGAAGCGGGAGAAGUACCUGUACCAGAAGAUCAUGUUUGGGAAGAGGCGCAAGAUCCGAGAGGCUAACAAACUAGCAGAGAAACGGAAAGCUCACGACGCAGUAGUGAAAUCGGAGAAGAAGAAAAUGAAGAAAGCACAAUGAGAGUAGCAGGGGCCUCUCAUCCCAGCCUGUCCCUUCUCACACAGGCCUACAAAAUGGGCACUUUGGGCCUUUCAGCUGCUGGUGGGAUGCCUCACAAUUCUGGCUUCUUCCCCUGAAUCCAUUUUCACCAAGGUGGACGCCUGUGGGAUGAUUGGGCCUAGUAGUGCCUUGGGCUUCAAGGGGGACAAGGUCCGCUUUAUUUAAAAACACAACUGAAUUCUCCUCCAUUCCCAUCAGGGUUUCCACGUCGUAUGAUGGUUGCUGUCGUGCAUCAGAUUCGGCAGUCAGGACAGGCUUUCUAGGCUUUUAUAGAAAAACGAAACAAAAAAAUGCGCGAGGCCGCCUCUCCCCACUGGUAAAUGUGUGGGGUAACUUAGAGUGUGUGAAUAAGUGACUUUUUGUGAGAAAAAGUCUCUCUGGCUAUUUUGGCACAGGGAGUAAGUAGGCCUGAGGUCUGCAAGGCCACCACAAAGACCACCCCUUAAUUUUAAAUUUCACUUUCUUCCAGUUGGUGAGCAUAUGGGAGGGAGCGUGUGGUCUUUCCAGAGGGUAGAAUUGCCUCUGGACUGUUGCUGUGCUUUGUAAAGAAACCUAUUUUCACUGUCGAUGCAAGGGCUCAGGUCUUGGUAAACGGAACAGCUUGGGGAUUUUAGGGGCAAUGGGGUGUGUAUUCCCCCCCCCCCCGGCCUUGCUUUUUGUCUUCUUUGAUUCUGAUGCUGCCCCAUAGCAGCCAUUCAUAGCCUGGACAGUUAAAUAAUGCAUCUGGACCCCGAGCCUAUUCCGCUUUUUGUAUUACAAUUUCAAAUCGCAGAAUAAUUUACGUUCUCUUUUAUUAAACUGAGCUUUGAAACGAA